UCUGCUCUGUUGAAGACGCAGUAAACAAGGAUCAAUCGCAGGCAAAUUUUCACAAAAGAGAUAGCCAAUGAGACUAUCAAGGCCUGGCCUUUUCCUCCUAUCAUUUCUUCUGCUCUACAUAGUGCAGAGACCCACCUUCGCUACCCAAAAGUCAUAUGUGGUGUACUUGGGAGCCCAUUCACAUGGCCCAGAACUCUCCUCAGUUGAUAUAAAUCGAAUAACCGAGUCUCACUAUGAGUUUCUUGGAUCAUUCUUGGCAAGUCAUGAUGUCGCAAAAGAAUCCAUAUUUUACUCAUACACAAGGCACAUCAAUGGUUUUGCGGCAACCUUAGACGACCAAGUAGCCGCCGAGAUAGCUAAGCAUCCAAAAGUGGUCUCUGUUUUCCUGAACAAGGGAAGGAAAUUACACACAACUCGAUCAUGGGACUUCAUUAUGGAACUCGACCAUGUUGGUUCCAAUCCUUCCAGCUCGAUUUGGGAGAAGGCAAGAUAUGGAGAAGAUACAAUUAUUGGAAACCUUGAUACUGGGGUCUGGCCCAAAUCCAAGAGCUUUAGUGAUGAAAAGUUGGGACCGAUUCCAUCAAAGUGGAAAGGAAUCUGCCAAAAUGACACUGAUUCUGGAUUUCACUGUAACAGAAAGCUGAUUGGAGCAAGAUACUUCAACAAAGGGUAUGCAUCAGUUGUUGGUCCUCUAAACUCCUCCUUCAACACACCACGCGAUAAUGAUGGCCAUGGAACACACACAUUAUCAACAGCUGGUGGUAAUUUUGUAUCAGGGGCUAGUGUGUUUGGCUUUGGCAAAGGAACAGCAAGAGGUGGAUCACCAAAAGCCCGGGUGGCUGCUUACAAGGUUUGCUGGCCUCCAGUGGGUGGAAACGAAUGCUUUGAUGCAGAUAUAGUAGCAGCCUUUGAUAUGGCUAUCCAUGAUGGUGUUGAUGUGCUAUCUGUAUCACUGGGAGGAGAGCCUACUUUUUUCUUUAAUGAUAGCGUCGCAAUUGGCUCAUUUCAUGCUGUUAAGCAUGGUAUUGUGGUGAUUUGCUCAGCUGGAAAUUCUGGUCCUGAUGCUGGGACUAUCGUCAACUCUGCGCCUUGGCAGAUAACAGUGGGAGCUAGCACGAUGGACCGGGAGUUCAACAGUUAUGUUAUCCUCAGCAACAAGGUGCAAUUGAAGGGACAAAGCUUGUCAUCUACAGCCUUGCCAAGCAACAAGUUCUACCCACUCAUUAGUGCUGCAGAUGCCAAAGCAGCUAAUGUAUCGGCUGAAGAGGCUCUGCUUUGUAAGAAUGGAACCCUUGAUCCCAGAAAGGUAAAGGGAAAAAUCUUGGUCUGUCUUCGAGGUCAAAAUGCAAGAGUGGACAAGGGUCUGCAAGCUCAAUUUGCCGGCGCUCUGGGGAUGAUUCUUGCCAACAAUGAGAUUAAUGGAAACGAGAUUACUGCUGAUGCACAUGUCCUCCCUGCUACACAAGUCAAUUUUACUAAUGGUGUCUCAAUCUUUACUUACAUCAACCAAACCAGAUCCCCAAAAGCUUGCAUUACGCGUGUAACAACACUAUUGGGCACAAAGCCAGCUCCCUUCAUGGCAGCGUUUUCAUCCAAGGGGCCAAGCACCAUAACGCCUGAGAUACUCAAGCCUGACAUCACUGCACCAGGAGUUAAUGUCAUAGCUGCCUAUACUGAAGCACAAGGUCCAACAAAUGAAAUAUUUGACAAGCGCCGAGUUAAAUUUAACUCUGUUUCAGGCACUUCAAUGUCAUGUCCUCAUGUUUCUGGCAUUGCCGGCCUCCUUAAAACUCUCCAUCCUACUUGGAGUCCUGCAGCUAUUAAGUCAGCAAUCAUGACAACCGCUACAAUACUGGAUAACAACGGGGAACCAGUAAUGAAUGCUUCCUACUUUAAGGCAACCCCAUUUAGUUAUGGAGCAGGACAUGUUCGACCAAACAGUGCUAUGGAUCCCGGGCUAGUUUAUGACUUAUCUGUCAAUGAAUACCUUAACUUCAUAUGUGCUCUGGGAUAUAAUGAAACAGUAGUUUCAAUAUUCUCAGAUGACCCUUAUAAUUGCCCCAAGCCCCCAUUAACUCUCACAAACCUUAACUACCCUUCAAUCACAGUCCCUAAACUUUCACACUCAAUCACGGUUAUUCGAAAAUUAAAGAAUGUAGGUUCCCCAGGAACUUAUAGAGCUGAUGUCCAAGAACCAAGUGGAAUUUCGGUUAUCGUCAAGCCUAGGAGCUUGAAGUUUAAGAAGGUUGGUGAAGAGAAAACCUUCUAUGUUACCCUCAAGGUUAAAGAAGCCAAAGCUGCUAAGGACUAUGUCUUUGGAAACUUGAUAUGGUCAGAUGAAAAGCACUAUGUGAGGAGUCCGAUUGUAGUGAAGACAGCCUAGAAAGAGAUGCAUUCAAGCUAAUUGUACCUCUAAUUUAUCUUAAUUCCUAUCCAGCGCUUUCUAUAUAGUAUUUGUCCCUCAAGUAUGUUGCUUGCAUAAAUAA